AUGGCCGCGCGCCAAGCCCGAUACCACCGCGUCUCCGCAGGCGCCUUCGGCGGCGAAUGGGGUCUUCAUGCGCCGCAUCUUUCCCUUCCUGCUCGCGACCAACGUCUUCAUCGGAGUAAGUUGACAUUCUUGUCACAUGCAGUUUAUGUAUUUGCCAAGACCUACAAAAGAGACCAGGAAAAGAAAAAUGCUCAGGCUACUGCUGCUGCUGCUGCCGCUGCAGCAUUGUCAUCCCCAGCAAGUACAACUGCCAAGGCUCCAGAUCCUUCUCCUGCACCUGUGCCCAAAAGGGUUCUCUCACCACUAUCCGAAGAUGAGCAGCAGCAUCUAUACAAAUGGAUGCUGGAAGAGAUGCGGAAGAUCAAACCACGCAAUGCCACUGAGAAGAAUAAGAUCAAUGAGGAGAAAGCUCUUCUCAAGGAGUUCAUUCGGGCAGAGUCUCUCCCUCGUUUGUGA